UAACAUUUCCAAAAUGACUUUCGUGAGUACCCAGAAAUCCAGUCUGAAUAUAUUGCAAGGUAAACAUCUCAGUUUCCAUCAGAGUUCAGACCCCACUAGAACCUUUCUUGGGGAAUUCUCCUUAACAUUUGGAAAAAUUUGUGUUAAUUACUGUUAAUUGUGUUGCAUAAUUUACUCUAAAAGUGAAAAGAUUAACAAUUCAAGUGAAUAUCAUAUAAGCAACGAUAAUUAAAUUUUCCUAAAAACAAUGAACACCCCGUCAAUUCGACCUUUGCCUAAUUGUUUAGUUAAACAAGUUGCCGAAGAAAGUAAUGAAGUGCCUUCUAGAAUACCCGAUGAAUUGGAAUCAUUACGAGAGUGGAUUAAGAAGCAGAAUCAUUUGAUAGCAAGAACAGAUGACCAGUUUCUAGUGGCUUUCUUGAGAGCCUGUAAACACAGUUUAGAGCGCUGUAAAGAAAGAAUCGACUCCUACUAUUCUUUACGCGCAGCUAUACCCAUAAUAUCUCAUGACCGAGAUCCAACCCAUCCAUAUUUCGUGGAAUUAUUUAUAAAAGGGCUAAUCUGCCCGUUGCCGAUACCCCACCCCAAUGGAUUUCGUCCUAUAAUCGCAAAGCCCGGCCUGUUCGACGUACAACGAGGUGGAGUGAUGGCAGCCUUGAAGUUCGGUUUCAUGGUUUGUGACCGCUACUUCGUCGAAGAUGACUACUUCAGUAUCGGUGGAUAUAGUGUGCUUUUCGACAUGGAUGGAUUCUCAACAAAACAUAUGGCAGGCCUUACAGUUCCAACUCUGAGGGAAUUGGCUGAAUGUAUGAAGCUGGGAUAUCCAAUUCGUCACAGAGGCAUACACUAUAUCAAUUGCCCCACUGGCUUCGAUGUAUUGCUGAGAUUAUUCAGAAAUUUUCUACCAACGAAAUUAGCCAAUGUGAUACACACUCACUCGGAUUUUGAGUCAGUUUAUGAACAUUUUCCAAAAAGUUGUCUCCCAGCGGAAUAUGGCGGGAAUCUCGGAACUCUACGUGAAAUCACAAGCGAUUUUCUAGAGAAAUAUUUAUCAAGCAGGGAAUGGUUUGAUGAAGAUUCAAAGUACAGAUGUGAUGAAACAAAAAGACAAGGCGCUUCGAGAAUACCGAAUGACCUGUUUGGUGUCGAUGGCUCCUUUAAGAAACUUGAGAUUGAUUAAUUGGCAUCAUAAUGCACAUUACUUUUUAUUAAAAACGCUAUUUAUUUA